AGGAACCUAGACGAAGAAGAUCCCAUCAGAACAUUUGCUGGAGGUGGCGGUGGUGGAGGAGGUGGUGGCGGAGCCGUUGGAGGAGGAACAGAAGCGACAGGUUUUUGA